CCCGCCUACAACUGGAAGUGAAGCACACCACACUUGUCUCAUAAUUGAUCUCCUCAGUUUUACGUUUGAGUGGGACUGUUGAGAUCUUUAACUUUGUGUUUAAAUCUGUUUCACAUCAGAGAUGUCUGCGAUUAUCAGAAAGAUCAUUCACACUGCAGCUGCUCCAGGUGCGAUCGGACCCUACAGCCAGGCUGUCGUGGUGGAUCGCACAAUGUAUAUCUCAGGACAGCUGGGCAUGGAUGUAUUAUCAGGGCAGCUGGUAGCAGGAGGGGUGCAGGCCCAGGCCAAGCAGGCUCUUAUUAACAUGGGUGAGAUUCUAAAAGCUGCAGGAUGUGGAUAUGAAAAUGUUGUCAAGACAACGGUGCUGCUGGCAGACAUAAAUGACUUCAAUAAUGUCAAUGAGGUUUACAAGCAAUUUUUCACCUGCAAUUUCCCAGCCAGAGCUGCCUAUCAAGUAUCUGCCCUGCCCAGAGGUGGACUUGUUGAGAUUGAAGCAAUCGCUGUGUUGGGACCCAUCACUGAUUCCUCUUGACUGACUGACCACAGCAUGCAUCAUAAACUCUAAAUACAGCUGAAGGGUGACAAACAGUGGCCCCAACAUAAAUACACAUCCCCUGCACUGAAACCAAGUAUAAUAUUCAAUUGCCCUUAUAUGUAACAGUGAUUAUUGUAUUACAAAGUAAAAAAUACUGUUGACCUGUCA